AUGUCAAGUCGAGGAAAUCGCUUUUUACAUCAUCCUUCUGGUACACAUUGGAGGCCAGUUGCAAUACGGCCACCGGCCCCUACUAACCCAGUAUUCAUAAAUGCGUUUCCAAAUUAUGAAAGCGAUAGCGAUAGUGAUAGACCAAGACCCUAUGAUGUGAUAUUCGAUAGUUCUUCAACUUCUCCUGCUGCGAGUACGUCUAGUCCUUCACCACAGGAGACACCGGAGAUACCAAUACAUGGAAGAGUGGACAUGACACCCAAUGUAAAUGAUACGGAAUCAAACAAUCAACCAGAAUCAAAUAGUGUAGACAUAUCAGGCAUUCAAGAUUUACACGUAACGACUAAUUCUCCGGAGAGUCAGAGUCAUAUAUUUGACGAAGAGAAUGAAACUAUACUACAAGAGCAGAUUGAAGAUG